CCGAGGCCGGGCGGCGGUGUAAGACGUGACGGGAGCGGGCCGGGGCCGAGCCGUGCCAGGGGGCCGCUGGAAGGCCGGAGCCGCCUGCGCUCGAUCGAGACGGGAGCGGCCCCGUGUGCGCAGCCUCGCUGCCGGAGCUCCGGCCGGGGCUGGCCGCGACAAGCAGGGCCCGGGGCCGCCUGCGAGGGGUUUCCCCCCGAAAUCCCGCGUUCAGCGGCCUGCAGGCGCCGGAGCCCCGGCCCGGGGCAGCGCCCGGCUGGGUCAGGGACGCGUCGGGCUCUAGGUGUGGCCGCAAAGCGAGAGCUUCGGCUCCUUCUCACUGCUUGGAUUCCAGCAGGAGAAUUUUCUUGACCUUGUGUCUGGGUAGUUCUUGAAGAUGGCCAGCAAAGGAACCACGACUUCCACAUCAACAAAGAGCUCCAGUACUGGAGGGACCAGUGGCAGCAGUAGCAGUAAUGGUGCUGGGGACAAUACUAAUCAGGACAACACUUUCGAAUGUAACAUCUGUUUAGACACUGCCAAGGAUGCAGUUAUCAGCUUGUGUGGACAUCUCUUCUGUUGGCCUUGUUUACACCAGUGGCUAGAGACCAGGCCAAACAGACAAGUGUGUCCUGUAUGCAAAGCAGGAAUCAGUCGAGAUAAAGUUAUUCCUCUGUAUGGAAGGGGUAGCACUGGGCAACAGGACCCCAGAGAGAAAACUCCGCCACGACCCCAAGGGCAGAGACCGGAACCAGAGAACAGAGGGAUGACUUUAUCUGCCACCCUAAUUAGAGUGCCCCCGGGAUUCCAGGGCUUUGGGUUUGGCGAUGGUGGCUUCCAAAUGUCAUUCGGAAUUGGGGCGUUUCCCUUUGGUAUAUUUGCAACAGCAUUCAACAUAAACGAUGGGCGACCUCCUCCAGCUGUUCCAGGGACUCCUCAAUAUGUGGAUGAGCAGUUCCUAUCCCGCCUCUUCCUGUUUGUGGCUCUGGUGAUAAUGUUCUGGCUGUUGAUUGCGUAAUUUUUUUCCAUUAUUCUAUAUAUUCAUGGCCGACAAGGCACCUGAAACAGUUACAAACUGCAUCCCCAUCCCAUUUUAAAUCUCUUGGUGUCUGGUUCCGUAGCUAACUAUGGGCUUCAGGAAUUGGUGGUACUACAGGACAAUGAGGAAUCUCGCAUUUUGCGCCAGAGUUGGAAAUUAAACAUUGGUUAAAAAGCAUAUUUCAGCUCAGCUGUCGUGUACAACAGGUUACUGCCACAAACCACGGGCCUAGCUUUGAGCUCCACUCCUAAAAGGAGUGCUGCCUUGAAAUCCUGUGCCAAUCAGUGACACCAGGUUUAUGUGAAAGACAGUUGCCCCAAGGCAGACUGGGCAGGUAAGGAAACCUCUGCAGUGUGACCAGUAUCUCAUGCUUGGAUCUGCCUGAGCUGUGGAUGUUAUUUAAUGUCUUCACAUCAACAUCCAGCCUUCUUCAGGAAAUCAUCUGCAGCACUGCCAAGACUCUUUGGGCACAGCACGUGAUGCAAACGGAACCAGGCUUGGAACCUGGUUUGUUUUCUUGCUGUUAUUUCCCAGUGCGAUGGGAAACCCCUCCUGAAGAGGUUCUGAUGGCUGUUAGAAGAAGGGAUACAAAUUUAUGCUGCAAUUUCUUAAAGCCUGAAUUUGCUGGAGCCAGACACUGGAAGAUUCUCUCAUCGUGGAGCCGGGUGGGGUUGCCGAACAGUCCGAGGAACCUGUCUGCCUCACCCAGCCCCGUUCCUCUCUGACAAAACAGUGUUGUCUUCCUUGGUUCUGCGCAGCAGCCUGUGGCUGCACUCCUGGAUAAUCCCCUCACAACCCUGUCACUGUAGCUACGUUUAUUCUUCCCAAGGCUUUGAGACUUUCUACUCAAGGUUGUGUACUCCAAAUAAAAUCCUAUUACAGAUCUGAGAUCAGCGUGUUUGGGGAGAGGAACAAAAGGCAUCUUUAUGUGAGUUUUCAGGUUAAACUUGUCAUACUGUAAAAUCAGACAGGAGGAAGAAUGAGAUCCUGCCUUUGCUAGCACAUGCCACAGUAGGGAACAUUUGGAAGAGCUUUUCUCUACAGGUGUGUACAGCUACUCCAUGCCACAGCAGAAUGGCUGUAGUGCAUGAGUCUCUGCAGUAUCUACCAAAGAAAUUAACCUGAAGUGCUGGAGGAGACCACAACUAUUUAUGUGCUGAGGGGAAAAUACUUCAGAAGGUGAGCACUUGGUAGCUGUUUUGGAAUCCUGUUGGGUACACAGCUUUAGGGAGUACUCCUGAUGUAUUUGUGUAGAUUCUUUCAGAACAGCAGAUAGGAGAGAUUCCCUGGCAAGACGAACAGUUUUCAUACUUCUCUGAAAAAUUUCAAUUUUUUUCUCUUACUUUUAGGAUAUUUUGAUUCAGAUCGCUCAUAGACAUAAUUAUUUCCUGCAAGAUGAAUAUUGUGACAUUCCUGGCAAUAGACAACUGACAGAACAAAUCAACUCAUAAAAACUUUGUUUCAAUCGCUAGGGUUUUUCUAGUGGAUGAAUGAGGUACCUGGGCAGGACACCUUAAUUAAUUGUUGUAGAAGCUUAUUUAUGUCAUUAUAAACUGUUCACUUUUAGUAUUGAGACAGAGGAUGUCUGCAGUUUAACUUGCCUACCUCCAAAAUUCCAUCUGGCAAGUGGAAUGUUGCAAAGCUUCAGCCGGUGUUUUGCCACAUCUUGUCAAAUUCAUACCUGACUCGAUCGUCUGGCAGAAUAUGUUGCUCAACUAUAAAUAGUUGAAGCAGCGCCUCAACCUCGGUGGUGCGGCACUUUUGAGAAGUUUAACUACUCGUGCACAUGCUGCUUCUCGAGUGCGUAACUUGGUAACUGGGACCCUUUCUAGGAGACAGGCUGGGUUUUGCUGGCGGUAGAACAGCACGGCGGCUUUGACCUCCUCUCCUGAGCAGGCAGCACCCCCUGCUGAUGAGAAGGGGAAGUUCAUGUGACAGUAAAAGGGAUGGUUUCCUUUUUGCAUUGAGAAACGAUGCUAACAGCAGAGGUUACCAGGGAGGAGCAGCCUCUUUAAAGCCUUUCUCCGAGAAAGUGGAUAGAAAAGCGACUGUAAUAGGUUCAAGAGGUAUUGAAACUGAUAUUAACUAACACUUAUGUUUAAUAAUAGAGAAUUUUAAUGGUUUGGGGGUUUUUUUCCAUCUAUUGGUGAGAGACAGAAUGGAUUUUGACAGAGGUGGCUACAGAAAUGUGACUGAGAGUCCUUAUUUUCUGGCAAUCCAAUAAUGAAAUAGUCUGAAAGUGUUAACGCUUUUGUUCCUACCUUUUCCCUGGUGUGCUUUUUGUAUCGUACCACUUCCCCCUCGUACUCAGACUGCACACAGCCCAGAAUGGCUCGUCUAGUGCAUUACCAUUGCUGUUCACUAAUUUUCACUGUUGUGAAAGUGAUUUAGAAUUAAAAAAUGGUUUUACAUUGA